UUUUGGUUUCAGAUGACAGGCCUGAGUAUGCAUCCAUCCAAGCGGUGCUGUUCGGGCCGCACCUCCUCGCCGGCCUGACGCACGGCAACCUGCCGGUGACCGACAGCAACCACUCCAACGACGGGCUGACCCCUGGCAUCUGGGAAGUGAACGCCACCAACGCCUCCUCCGUCGCCGGCUGGGUCACCCCGCUCAAAUCCGCGUCGCUCAACCCGCAGCUCGUCACCCUGACGCAGAGCGCCGGCGGGCGGACGCUCGUCCUGUCGGUGUCGGUCGCCGACAGGAAGCUGGCGAUGCAGGAGGAGCCCGCCUCCGGGACCGACGCGUGCGUGCACGCCACGUUCCGCGUCCACGGCCCGGAUGUUGCCAGCGGCCGCGGUUUGCAAGGGCCGAACGUGACGAUCGAGCCGUUCGACCGGCCGGGCAUGGCGGUCACCAACGCCCUCGACGUCGGCCGCCCGGGUUGCGGCCGCGACACGCUGUUCAACGCCUUGCCGGGGCUCGACGGCGCGCCGGGAUCGGUGUCCCUGGAGCUCGGCAGCAGGCCGGGGUGCUUCGUGACGACGGCCGGCGCGAACGCCGCGCGGGUCGGCGUCGGGUGCCGGGGCGACGGCGGCGGAGACGGCGAUGAGGCGGCGUUCCGGCGCGCGGCGAGCUUCGCGCGGGCGGCGCCGCUGAGGCGGUACGACCCGCUGAGCUUCGCGGCGCGCGGGACGGAGCGGGGGUUCCUGCUGGAGCCGCUGCGGAGCCUCCAGGACGAGUUCUACACCGUCUACUUCAGCCUCGUCUCCGGCGACGGCGACAGCUAGCUGAUGGGAUGGGAUCGGGGCACUACGCGCCGCCUGCUCACUGUGGUUGGAGUGACUGUACAAAUGACACCCUGUAUCUGAUCCCCCCAUGAACAACAAGCGAUGAAUCGAAUGGAUGCAUGUACUGGACGCCGUAGAUGCUGUCUCGUGCUGAUUUCCCGCGGCGAGCAAGGAUCUGUUUCCGGGAUUUUACGCGAGCACAAUAAUCCGUCUCAAGUGAUUCGUUUGAUCGUUGUUUCCCGCAAGAACAGUUCUUUUACAAACAGUAAGGCUCAGUUUCAAACACCA